GAAGUUGGAAGUUUACAUUCACAUCAGCCAAAUACAUUUAAACUCAGUUUUUCACAGUUCCUGACAUUUAAUCCUUGUAAAAAGUCCCUGUCUUAGGUCAGUUAGGAUCACCACUUUAUUUUAAGAACGUGAAAUAUCAGAAUAAUAGUAGAGAGAAUUAUUUAUUUCAGAUUUUAUUUAUUUCAUCACAUUCCCAGUGGGUCAGAAGUUUACAUACACUCAAUUAGUAUUUGGUAGAAUUGCCUUUAAAUUGUUUAACUUGGGUCAAACAUUUUGGGUAGCCUUCCACAAGCUUCCCACAAUAAGUUGGGUGAAAUUUGUCCCAUUCCUCCUGACAGAGCUGGUGUAACUGAGUCAGGUUUGUAGGCCUCCUUACUUCCACGCGCUUUUUAAGUUCUGCCCACAGAUGUUCUAUAGGAUUGAGGUCAGGGCUUUGUGAUGGCCACUCCAAUACCUUGCCUUUAUUGUACUUAAGCCAUUUCUCCACAACUUUGGAAGUAUGCUUGGGGUCAUUGUCCAUUUGGAUAACCCAUUUUCAACCAAGCUUUAGCUUCCUGACUGAUGUCUUGAGAUGUUACUUCAAUAUUUCCCUGUAAUUUUCUUGCCUCAUGAUGCCAUCUAUUUUGUGAAGUGCACCAGUCCCUCCUGCAGCAAAGCACCCCAACAACAUGCCACCCCCAUGCUUCCCGGUUGGGAUGGUGUUCUUCGGCUUGCAAGCCUCCCUCUUUUUCCUCCAAACAUAAUGAUGGUCAUUAUGGCCAAACAGUUCUAUUUUUGUUUCAUCAGACCAGAGGACAUUUCUCCAAAAAGUACGAUCUUUGUCCCCAUGUGCAGUUGCAAACCGUAGCCUGGAUUUUUUAUGGCGGUUUUGGAGCAGUGGCUUCUUCCUUGCUGUGCAGCCUUUCAGGUUAUGUCGAUAUAGAACUCGUUUUACUGUGGAUAUAGAUACUUUUGUACCUGUUUCCUCCAGCAUCUUCACAAGGUCCUUUGCUGUUCUGGGAUUGAUAUGCACUUUUCGCACCAAAGCACGUUCAUCUCUUGGAGACAGAACACGUCUCCUUCCUGAGCGGUAUGACGGCUGCGUGGUCCAUGGUGUUUAUACUUGCGUACUAUUUUUUUGUACAGAUGAACGUGGUACCUUCAGGCAUUUGGAAAUUGCUCCCAAGGAUGAACCAGACUUGUGGAGGUCUACAAUUUUUUUCUGAGGUCUUGGCUGAUUUCUUUUGAUUUUCCCAUGAUGUCAAGCAAAGAGGCACUGAGUCUGAAGGUAGGCCUUGAGGUACAUCCACAGGUACACCUUCAAUUGACUCAACUUAUGUCAAUUAGCCUAUCAGAAGCUUCUAAAGUCGUUACAUCAUUUUCGGGAAUUUUCCAAGCUGUUUAAAGGCACAGUCAACUUAGUGUUUGUAAACUUCUGACCCACUGGAAUAAUCUGUCUGUAAACAAUUGUUGGAAAAAUGACUUGUGUCAUGCACAAAGUAGAUGUCCUAACCGACUUGCCAAAACUAUAGUUUGCAAGAAAUGUGUGGAGUGAUUGAAAAACAAGUUUUAAUGACUCCAACCUAAGUGUAUGUAAACUUCUGACUUCAACUGUAAAUAUAGGAUGAUAAGUUCUCAGUUAAUAGUGUGGCUAAAAAGUCAUUUUCAAAACUGAUAUAGUAUAUAUUGUUGUAAAGCAUUACUUGUUAAUGUACUGCUAUUCUACUGCUUCUUUUAUGCCCUAUUAUGUUCCUACUCCACCCCAGGGGGCGCUUGUUGCUCUGUGAGUCUCAGCCCUCAGGCCUCUUAUCAUAGCAACCCAUUGCAGAUGACAAGUUGGGGCUUGUCUGUUGUGAGCUGUGAGCCAAUGGGCUGAGCCAGAGCUUCAGCUUCCUCUCUGUCUCAGUGCACUGCAGCCUGCUGCUGCCUGCCUGUACACUUAUAGUGGUGCUCACUGCUCUGUGCUGCUCUGAGGCUCACCCACAGCUGUUCAGCCUGGCUAGCCCCACAGAGAGAGAAGCAGAGAGGCCGUGUGACUCCAAGCCUCUACAAAACAGAAUCAGAUCCUUCUCACGAGCCUCUGUCUAAUUGUGUUGCUGUCCUGUUGUGAACAGAGUCCCAGUACCCGCUGGCUGAGGGGACUCUUCUUCAGGUUCAUCUCUCUGUGUCCACUGCUACUCCACUGACUGACACGGAGCUACACUCUACCAGCGGAGGUGCUGUGAGCGGCUGGAGGUCGUCAUGGCAACCCAGAGACAUGUACCCAGUGACAGUCUGGCUAGAACAUUCAGGUUCUGUGCCAGAAACCCUAGUGAGGUCAUCUCCACUAGACUGAGAGACAUGCUCCACACCUUCAUCCAGCACUACCAGGAACCAUGGGAGGAGAACCGCAGCCUAGACAGAGAGAGAGAAGUGAAGUUCUCCAGCCAGACAGAGGCUUUGUACUACAGGGUUCUAGAGGCUGUCAUCAAUCAGGAGAGGAAGAGGCUGGGAGCCAAAGACCUUUCAGGCAUUCUGGAGCAUGAUCUGUUCCAGCGCUCUCUAGUGGCCUGUUGUCUGGAGAUGGUCUUCUUCUCCCAUCAGCCACCAGGCAGCUUCCCCCAGGUCAUUGACAUCUUUAGCCUGGCGCCAUACGACUUCUACAAGGUGAUAGAGCUGGUGCUGCGGGCUGAGGAGGGCUUGCUGCCGGGUGUGGUCAGGCAUCUGACCCAUAUAGAGGAGCAGGUCCUGGAGAGUCUGGCCUGGAGGAGAGACUCACCACUCUGGGACCAGAUCAGAGCUGCUAAGGGACAGGGACAGCUGCCUGCAUACCAUCAGGUGAUGCUCCCCCAAUACUCAGAUCACACAGACAAGAUGGCCAAGAUCCCCCCCACCCCUUCACACUUGACCUCAAGCCUUGUGAAUGGGAUCCAUGGAAAUGACCUGAACCCUCCGAUUACCCACCAUGAACGCUACAGCUCACCCCCUGCUGGCUCAAAGAUGUCCGCUUGCCCUACCACACCAGUCAGCCCAUCCCAGUCCUCCUCUGUCAUUGUUACUAGACAGACUAUAGUCACCAUGGCAUCAGCCACUGUCACCACCAACAAUGGCCAGUCAGUCACCAUACCGGUUCGAGGCAUUGCCAAUGACCGGGGAGGCAUCACAUUUACCCUCAGUGUUGUGGGUCAGCCCAUUCCUCCACAGCAAGUCUCCAGCACCUCUACCCAGCAGCCCCAGAACCCAGUCACACACAGACCUCAGAGUAAGGGCUCCAUCUCACUGUUCCUCCGCAAGGUCUACCACCUGGUGAGCAUGCGUCUGAGGGACAUCUGUGUUAAACUGGACAUCUGUGAGGCGCUGCGGCUGAAGAUCUGGACCUGCGUUGAACACUCCUUGGUCCACUGCACUGACCUCAUGCUAGACCGACACCUGGACCAAAUACUCAUGUGUGCCAUCUAUGUCAUGGCCAAGGUAACCAAAGUGGACAUGCCCUUCAAGCUCAUCAUGCAGUGCUACAAGACUCAGCCUCAAGCAAGGAACUGUGUAUUCAGAAGUGUUCUGAUCUCAGGGAGAAACACCAAGACCUCACAAAACUCUCCUGGAAGAUCCAACAGAAAAAACAUUGAUGUAGACCCCAGCAGUAGCUUGCUUACAUACCAGAGCCCUCCCACCCAUCCUACAGGACCCAGAGCUCCCUGUAGACAGGACCAGGGGGAGAGAAGACACCUCAUCUAUUUCUACAACACCGUCUAUGUCAAACAGAUGAAAGACUUUGCCCUGCGCUACAACUCCAGCUCUCUGACCAUAGCCGGGGUUGAAACCCCUCCCCUUUCGCCAUACCCCUGCCAGUGUAUUGGAUCCUUGCGCAGACUCCGCCCCUCCAACCACCAUUCCCUCUACAUCUCCCCCCACAAGCCCAGCACUCACUCCUCCCCCCGCACUGGGUUCCUCUACUACAUCAGCAGAAGCCCCUCAAAGCGUCUGAGAGAGAUCAAUGACAUGAUGAGGACAUUUCAGUCACGCACCAGGAAGCACUGUGCAGCCCAGCUGCAGGAGGAGGGUGAGGAGGAGGGUGGGCCGCUUGUGAAGAGACCCUGUCAGGAUAGACCGUCAGACUGGCAGAGAAAGCUCAGGGACCUCGGCCAGGACAGGGCCAGGGCCCAGAACCAGCAACAAUCCCAGACCAGGGCCAAGGCACAGCACCAAGUAACAGCACACAAGGGGACACAUUGAUGACAUCUCACUUUCUUUGACUUACCGUCAUGCUUCAUACUUCCAUCAUCAGUGUCUGUGGUCCAUAUUCUUCCAAUGAGUGUAGACCUGCAAAGAGAAUGGAUGCUGUGGAUCUACAAUGUUAGAAAGAAUUGGCAUCAUUAGCACUCAGUGAAGUUCUCUUAGCAAGCAAUGUUCAUGAUUAGAAAAGCUGAUUUGUAAUAAUAAAUAGGGUAUUGUAAUAAUCUGAGGGUAACUAGGGCUCUGUAUCAAAUAUCAUAUUAUACAUAUCAUAUACCCUAUAUAUUUCAACAUGUUAGUCCUCUGUGAACCAUGUCCUAGUUACCUAAGGAAGCAGUAAAGGAUUUGUGUUGGUACUGAGCACUGUGUACAGUUUGUGUUUGGUGAGAGGGAGGAGACAAGAGAUAUCUCUCUCUGGAACAUACAGUACGUAAUUAGUUUCAAUUUUCAAGUUUAAUUUGCCACAUGCACAAGUACAGUGAAAUGCUAAACUUGCAAGCCCUACCCAACAGUGCAGUAUUCAAAAUAAAAGUAUAACUAAUUUUAAACAAAUUAAACACAGAUAUAUGACAUACUGGUGAGCCUUUUCAAAUGAUUAUACAUGUAUCUGUUAGGACCAGAUGUUAGAUAAUAUUAUGUUUAAUUUGGACUUUCAGUUUCACAUGUUGCUUUUCUCUACCAGUGUUUAAUUUGUACUGAUCUGUGGUACAAAUCCUUUACUUCUUUGUAUUGUGAUGUUGGAUAAACAUAAGUCAGCUUUUA